UUGGUAUAUAAGACAAGUAUUAAUUUGUUUCAAAUCACACUUAAAAUUACUUUCGAACAAUACACAUCUAUUUAAAAAAAAAGAUGUACAAGUUCAUCUUGUUAAUCUUCGCCUUUUCGGCAACAAUUAACGCAGCGCCCAGCGUUCUUAAAAACACUUAUCGGUUUCCGGUUGAGCAAAAUUUCGUCCCAAUAAAAAAUCAAGAACAUCACGAAGAAAUUACCCCAAUUUUACCGUUUCCGUACCCCCCAAAAGUAGAACCAAACCAUGGAUAUGGACUACCAAAGAAAGACGUGAUUCCCAUAAAACCACAUGAUGUCUACGGAGUUCCCGUUGUUGUCCCAACAACGCCGAUUAAACCGAUUCCAACUCAAUUCACUUUUAAAGUUAUUCCAACAGUCCAACCUAAACCGAUUUUACCAAUCAAACCGGUUAUUUCAAAGUAUAAAUUUGAAGUGGAAGAGAAACCGGUUAAAAAACCGGAAGUUAUCGCUCCAUAUCCUGCUAAAGUGAUUAAACCUAAUAUUCCAUUUAAACCGGUUCAAAAUCAAUAUAAAUUUGUUGUUGAAACUCCAACAACUGCAACUCCCAUUUUGGCUCCGUACCCACCUAAAGUAAUCAAACCAAUCGUUCCAGUAAAACCGGUUCAAACCCAAUAUCAAUUCAUCGUUGAAGCACCAACCACUGCAAUUCCAGUUGUUGCCCCAUAUCCCGCUAAAGUAGCUCAUCCAGUUAAAGUAGCUCCUUAUCCAAACAAAAUCGUGAUUAAACCGGUUCAAGAAAAGAUAGUGGUUAAACCGGUUCAAACUAAAUACAAUUUCAUCGUGGAACAACCAACGACUUCUGCUCCAAUUGUAGCUCCAGUUAUAACUCCGGUUGUAGCUCCGUAUCCUGCUAAAGUUAUUGUGAAGAAACCUAUUGAAGUUGUUAAACCCGUUUUAACAAAAUACGAGUUUAAAUUGGAAGAGCCAGUGGUUCCUCUAGCUCCGUAUCCGGCCAAAACGGCACCUUAUCCAGCCAAAGAUGCCCCUACUGUGGUUAUUGGAUUACCACAUAAAGUUUAUGGUGUGCCGCAAUAAGUUUGUUCGGUAAU